CGCGGUAUAUAUAUAACUUAUAGUCUUUUUACUGGUCAUAUCGUCAAACCCAGAAACUUUCUUGUUUCAUUUCAAUGGAAACCAAUUGCUCUUCCCCAUUGCUCCAAUUACUCUUCGGACUGGCUCUUCUGUUGGGCCUAGCAAAACCCGACCCGGAUCCGCUUCAAGAUUUUUGCAUUGCAGAUAACAUAAGCCCACAAUCUCUGUUCCUCAAUGGUGCACCCUGCAUUGACCCAAACCAAGCAACCGCUUCCCACUUUGCCACAUCCGCUCUAUCCAAACCAGGUAAUACGCGCACCAACAAGUUCGGGUCCAAUAUCACAGUGACCAACAGCGUCAAUUUGCCUGGGUUGAACACCAUGGGCUUGACCAUCGCCCGAGCCGACAUAGAGGCCAAUGGCCUCGUGCCACCACACUCACACCCGCGGGCUUCGGAAGUAACCACUUGCCUCAAGGGUGAGCUCAUUGUGGGCUUCAUGGACACCUCUAACCAUCUCUAUAUACAAAAACUACAGCCCGGUGACUCAUUCGUGUUCCCGAAGGGUUUGAUCCAUUUUCUCUCCAACCCCAACCAAAGGAUCCCGGCGCUAGCCAUGUCCGGGCUCAAUAGCCAAAAUCCCGGCGUCCAAAUAACAUCAAUAGCCACAUUCGCAACAAUCCCUGGAAUUCCUGAUGGGGUGUUGGAGAAGGCGUAUCAAAUUAGCAAUCAAGAUGUGGCCAAGAUUCGGAGGAACCUUGGAGGGUGAUUAUGCUUUUGGAUUAAGGUGACAACUCCCACUAUCAGAUUCAGAACACUUAUUAUUUACUCUUGGAAUUUAUGUUUGCUUGUGGUGGUGGUGGUAGUGGUGAUGGCAAGCCCCUCUUCUUUUCAAGGUAAAAAAGACUAGGCCAACUGUCACAUUCUGAUCCUUUUGUUUUUAAAUUUACUAUUACUAUCAAAUAGCAGAUGUUUUCAUUAUGUAUGAGAUUGCGUCAAUAAUAUCAAUAUGGAAAUACGACAAUAAAUGAAGGCAAAAUGGACUGAUUGCUUUGGAUCA